AUGGCUCCCAUGUUGGCACUGAGGCUCUGCUACUGGUGCUGUGUUGAAUCGGGAGAGAAAAGGGAGGCCUCCACGACACUUGAGUGCUGUGCAAGUGCAGCAAGCCCAGCCUUUGGUAAAGAAGGAAGUCAGCAUUGUGAAGAAUACAUUUCCCCCCCUUCGCCGACUGCAUCCUUUUCAUCUGCUACCACUGCUGUGAGCAAAGUUUCCUCUGUUUCCUCCGUUUCAUCACGCAUCAAAUCAUUCAAGUACCACCUGAAGAUGGCUUCUGAAGAUGAUGCCUUGGCAUCUUCUCUCAGUAACAAGAUAUGGCGAAACAUGAAGCACGAAAAUGACCACCUUCGACGAUUUCUCCCCGAGUCCAGCUGGGAUGAGCUCUGGAAAAUGAAUGAGGUCGAGGCGACUUUGAGGAAAUGCAGAACGGAACCAGCGCCAGACCUAGUCCACUUCAUUCUGAAAAAGGCACGCAAGAUAUUUGCCAUCCUCGUCACCAUGCGACAACCAGAGCUUAUCACCAGAUUCCAACUCGAGGAGUUUGGACAGGAGAAGCUCCCCGUCGAAAGGGAAUCUGUUCACACGAUGCUCGGGGGUGACAGUGGCAGCAUCUCGGAUUUCUGUGACAAGCAGUGGUGGUUUACAUCGCCGACAUUCACCAAGGACAAGUUCAGAUACGUCUUUGAUGAUCGCCAUCACCUGCCCUUCACAACAACUGGAAGACAAGCAACCCUCGGUGCUUCGAACUACAGCACCGUCGAGGAAAAGAGCAUUCACGUUGACCACGUUGAGCUUUGGGCCGAUCAGAAUCCCGCAAUGGAUGAGUUUGGAAACCCACGUGUUGCCGUCAAAACGCUUCUGAGCUCGGACUCGGAUCCAGCCGACCAAGAAGCCAAGGUUCUUGAGACGAUGAGAAACCUUCAAACCGACCACGUGAUCAAAGCAAUUGCCUACUAUCGCCGCGAGGACAAACAUCACUUCAUGUUUCCUUGGGCAGAGUAUGGGAAUUUGUGGGAGUUUUGGGCCAAGGGCAAAAGCCCACGAGCUCUGGAGAAGCCCUACCUCGUCUGGAUUUUCAGGCAACUCUCAGGACUGGCCGAUGCCAUUGAGAAGUUACACAACCAGUCCGAGUCGAAGAACUGCCGCCACGGAGAUCUGAAGCCCGAAAACAUUCUGUGCUUUCGACAGGGAGACGGCAAGGAUAGCGGUCCAGCUCCUGCGGUAAGAAUGGUGAUUACUGACGUCGGAUUAGCCAAGGAUCACAUAGUACGGACGCAGCUUCGGGAAAGCACAAACACCAAGGUGUCGACUAAGCGGUAUGCGGGUCCGGAGAUGGACAUCGCCCCAAAGGCACCACUGUCGAGGCGUUUUGACAUUUGGAGCAUGGGUUGCAUUCUCCUCGAGUUUGUGAUCUGGAUCCUCUACGGCGGAGACGAGCUGGUAAAAUGCACCAAUGCUGCCAACUCAACCUUUUACAGGGCAAUCAGAGACGACAGUGGUCAAAUCACGUCAGCUGAGAUCGAUCUCAGAGUCCAAGGCUGGCUGUCAUACAUCCGCAGGGACUGGAGAUGUCCUAGGGGGACUGCCAUUGAGCUACUUUUGCGUCUGAUUACCGAAAAGCUCUUAGUUGUCAACGUCCAGGAGGCUCCCGGCCCGCCCUCUUCUAUCACCUCUACAAGACAAUCUCAGGCUCGAAUUUACGCGCCUGAGAUGAGACGGGAGUUGGAGACCAUUCUGACACAACUGGAAGCUGAUAAGAUCAAAGCCGUAGGAGACAAGCCAUCAAGCAACUCUUCGGCUCCCUUAGGACCCUCUCAUGCCAUUCCAAUCACAAAGGGCGGUCACCUUGCCCCUGCUACUUCCAGCACUCGGAAUCUGACCAAAGCUUUUGGACAAAAGGAAUAUUUCUCACUCUACUAUGUGAACCUUGCUAACCGCUUCGAGACCCUGACCGACAAAUGGAUAUACACACCCGACGACGCCUUUGCGGCUGCCUUCUUCAAUGAUAUCAAGCGAGCUACUCACAUUCAGCCAGCACCAGAGCCGCAGCUCUGUAGGCGGUGUCGCGGUCUUCCUCUUUGGUCCAUCCAGUGCCACUUCACGGAUUCUCGGGCGGGUCUUGAUACCAACGCUCAGGAGGAUAACUGUGAGCUUUGCUGUCUUCUAUCUUACUGCAUUCGAGAUCGGUCGUAUCAUCCCACAGAUACAGUUCAUUUUGCUCGCUUGGGAUCGUACCUUACAGUCGAUGACGGUAAAGGGCAGCCUGUUGUCAAUCUCUGUACAGCACCGGUAUCCGGUGUCAAGUCUUUACAGAAUGUCCAAACUGGGUUCUCGAUACUUCCGGGUGCUGGCAGUGAGGCGCACUUCAAAGUUUUGAGGGAGUGGAUUCGCGGUUGCGACAGUACCCAUCACUGCAUGCCCAAGCGACUUGAUUUCAUACCCUCACGACUUAUUCACAUCAGCAACUUGGACUCCGAUCUUGUUCGAGUGGUAGAAAGAGAUGACGGAUUGAUCCAACCCGUCAAGUAUGUGGCCUUGUCCCAUCGCUGGGGCUCACCUGACCACUACGAACGAUUUUGCGCCACAACAACCAACUUCCAGGAGCUGAAGGAUGGCUUCAAGGCAUCCAGUCUCCCGCAAACCUUUCGUGAUGCCGUUUCUGUUACCCAGGGGCUCGGACUAGAGUACGUCUGGAUCGACUCAGUCUGCAUUGUCCAAGAUGACGCAGAAGACUGGCACAUCGAGUCCAAACUCAUGGAGCAGGUCUUCAGCUCAGCAUAUUGUACCCUUGCUGCAAGCUGUGCUUCGGGCACAAACGACGGGUUUCUCAAGGUGCGGCCUGAGAGACGGUGCAUCCCCAUGACUUUCGGCGAUGCUACCUACUACGCGUGCGAGAACAUCGACGACUUUGGCACCCAUGUUGACCAGAGCGAACUGAACCAAAGAGGCUGGGUCAUGCAGGAGCGAGCGUUGUCACGACGGACCAUCUACUUUGUGGAGAAUCAGUCAACACUCCCAUUCGUGAUGCUAAUCCGAGACCACAGUCGCAAGGCUUCAUUCCUUGGUGACGCCAACUUUCCCCACUCAGCAGAGCAAUACGUCAAGGGGUUAAAGAUCGAGUUUUUCCAAGACCUUUACGUGCGGUACUCCAAGUUGGCCCUCUCGUUUGCCUCGGAUCGACCAGUCGCCAUCAGGGGGCUCGAGAAUAGACUUCUCAGUACUUUCAAGAGCACCGGCGGAUAUGGAUUGAUAGACCGCUAUCUACACCGGUCCUUGCUCUGGAAGCGUGAAGGAGAGACCUUGAGACGCAUUGCACCUAGACGAGGUGAGACUGUUCCUUCUUGGUCGUGGAUGGCCUACGAUGGGGCUAUCGACUAUGUGUCUGCUCCUGGUGGAAAGGUUUCGUGGUUCAGCAACAUUCAGUCUCCCUUUUCUCGAGCGCCAAGUGAGUCAAGCCACGAUGGAGAUGAGAGUCUUGCCCUGGAGGCACCAGUUCGGAGAAUCAUCAACGACCCUCCCAAGGAGUCCAUGUUCCUGGACGAGCCAGGCCGAGACUUGACACAGCCUAUGCAGUGUGUUGUGUUGGGUAGCGGCAGUCAAAGCUCUACGGGAGACUGUCAGAGACAUUGGGUCAUUUUGGUCAACCGUAUCUCCAAUGCCGAUGGUUCCGGUAGCGGUUUAUAUGAAAGGGUUGGGGUUGCCAUUCUUGAAGGACGACAUCUCGAUUAUCAAGGCCUGGCAAGAGGGAUUAGGGUUCAAUGA